GUGCGCGUGCGCGGUGCCGCAGGCCUCGGAACGGAUUUCGGUUGUCGCGCUAACAGAGGGCUGGCGGCGGCGGCAGUGCCUGUCCCUGGGUGGUCUGGACCCCGGCGCGGCGCUCAGCCGUCCCCACGUGGCCGUUUCCGCGGAGGCUGGUGCUCGGGGGCUCCCGGGGCUGGACCGCACGGCGGGAGGAGCGGGUCGUGUGCUCGGAGCGCCGGGGGGCCCGCAGUGUCCGUCUUUUUAACGAGUUGGUUGUUACUGAAAGACUGAAGAGGUUAAUUGUAGAAACCGAGUUUUGUAGCUUCUGUAGAAAAGUCAGAUCUGUCAGCAUUGGACCCAGAAGACCGCGUGUCACCCAUCACCUAGAGCUGCUCCCUCAGGCACCACGAUGUCUGGGCCCCAGACCCCAGAGCCGGCCCUAGGUGGGCGGGGAGCCUCCUCCACGGGCUCACAGGACGAGGACACGGCUGACGGGAUCCAGAGCUCGCAUCGCAUGCUCAGCUUCAGCGACGCGCUUCUGUCCAUCAUUGCCACCGUAAUGAUCCUGCCUGUGACCCACACGGAGAUCUCCCCGGAACAGGAGUUUGACAAGAGUGUCCAGAAACUUCUAGCGACGAGGAUCGCUGUGUACCUGAUGACCUUCCUCAUCGUGACCGUGGCCUGGGCGGCACACACGAGAUUGUUCCAGGUUGUUGGGAAGAUAGACGAUACGCUUGCCCUGCUUAACCUGGCCUGCAUGAUGAGCAUCACCUUCCUGCCGUUCACGUUUUCCUUGAUGGUGGCCUUCCCCGAGGUGCCUUUGGGCAUCCUCCUGUUUUGUGUGUGUGUGAUGGCCGUCGGGGCCGUGCAGGCGCUGAUCGUGGUCUACGCCUUCCACUGCCCCCACCUGCUGAGCCCCCAGAUCGAGCGCUCGGCCCACCGGGCCCUUUACCGGCAGCACAUCCUGGGCAUCGUUCUCCGGGGCCCGGCGCUGUGCUUGGCUGCGGCCGGCUUCUCCCUCUUCUUCUACCCAGUGUCGUACCUGCUGAUGGCGACAGUCAUCUUCCUGCCCUACGUCAGCAAGGUCGCCGGCUGGUGCAGAGCCAGGCUUGUGGGCCCCAGGGAGCCCCCGGCUCACAGCCUGGAGAUCUUCACCUUUGACCUGCACGAGCCGCUCAGCAAGGAAAGGGUGGAGGCCUUCAGCGACGGGGUCUACGCCAUUGUGGCCACGCUGCUCAUCCUGGACAUCUGUGAGGACAACGUCCCGGACUCCAAGGACGUGAAGGCGAAGUUCCACGGCAGCCUAGUGGCGGCACUGGGCGCGUCUGGGCCGCACUUCCUGGCCUACUUCGGCUCCUUCGCCACGGUGGGCCUGCUCUGGUUCGCCCACCACUCGCUCUUCCUGCACAUCCGCAAGGCCACGCAGCCCAUGGGCCUGCUCAACACGCUCUCGCUGGCCUUCGUGGGCGGGCUGCCCCUGGCCUAUCAGCAGACGUCGGCCUUCGCGAGGCGACCCCACGACGAGCUGGAGAGCGUACGAGUCAGCUGCGCCAUCAUCUUCUUCGCCAGCAUCUUCCAGUUCGCCAUCUGGACCACGGCGCUGCUGCAGGGGGGGGAGACGCUGCAGCCCUCGGUGCGGUUCGGGGGCCGGGAGCACGCGUUCAUGUUCGCCAAGCUCGUGCUCUACCCCUGUGCCAGCCUGCUGGCCUUCGCCUGCACCUGCGUGCUCAGCAGCUUCAGCACGGCCAUCUUCCACGCCAUGCAGAUCGCCGUGCCCUUCACCUUCCUCCUGCUGCGGCUUCUGGUGCGCUUGGCACUGGCCGGCCUGCGGGGCCUGCGGGGUCUGGCCCGGCCCACACACACCCGGCCGGUGCCUGGGGCCACGGACGAUGCGCAGUCCCCGCUCCUCCCUGCUCCCUGCUAGUGUGGCCCCGGUCCCCUGCCUGAGGUCCAAGUGUCCGGCUGGUGGCCCGGCCUCGGGUUUGGUUUUCCUUGUGAAGUUUCAUGCUCUACCUCAGCCCCUCAGAUUGUCUUCCACUGUUGCAGACAAGAGUCUCGCAGGAGUGUCACUGUG